CGCUGAUACCCCUAAGUAUACCCGUACCCACGAUGGUCGACAAGUUUGGUGACGGAAUGCCCGCCUCAAGGCCUCAUGAAUCUCGCGGAACGAGAAGGACUGCAAUCGAUUUAAAAUAGGCCUACUCUCCCUCGUGACUUAGUCAGACGAUCCCCUUUCUCGCAUGAUUACCUGUUAUGAGGAGUCUGAACCGCUUUGUUCUGAACGCUUUCACAACCAGACGGGCUCCCACUCUUCACCGCACUUUCCACUCCGCAACUCCAGUCACAAUGCCUCGCACCGCUGCGACAGAGAGCUUCAAGUUUAACCACACCAUGAUCCGCAUCAAGGAUCCGAAGGUGUCCUUACCGUUCUACAUGGAUCAGAACAUGGGUGACUUCACCCUCUACUUCCUGGCCUAUGACCACGGCGAUGGGAUCGCCUCUCUCCCGGCCGAGCAGAAGGCUAAGGCUCGCAUCCUUGAGCUCACGCACAACCAUGGCACAGAAUCCGACGCAAGCUUCCAAGGCUACGCUAGUGGGGUUUUGGCCAUAUCGCUAUUACCUGUGAACAAUAUCGAGGAGGCAUGUGCGCGCUUUGAAAGCCUCGGCGUUCCCUUCAAAAAGCGUCUCACUGAUGGUAAGAUGAGGAACAUCGCCUUCAUCCUGGAUCCCGAUGGCUACUGGGUGGAGAUCGUUCCUCAGGCCUUGAGCCUGUGAGUUUGGAGGGGAACGUUGUAGAGCAAAUGGAAGGCUGAUGUUGAUAAAACAUUGUAUCAAAGUUAGCGCUCGUAUUGAACGUACGUGUCUAACAACUUUCGAACGAUGCUAUGAAGUCACAUUGCAUCGACGGCUGAGGAAACAUCC